AUGGAUUCCACUGAGAUCUCUUUGGGGAUCGUGAUUGUGCUACAGUUCAACAUAGGACUGUCAGUCAACGUUUUCCUCCUCCUGUUUUAUGCUCGUGUGGUCUCCGCCAGCCCAAAGCACAGCUCUUCCGACCUGAUCCUUAUCCACCUGACCUUGGCCAACAUCAUCAUCCUCCUCGCCAAUGGAACCCCAGAGACCUUGUCAUCUUGGGGAUGGAGAAACUUCCUGGACAAUAUCAGAUGCAAAACCCUCAUGUACUUUGGUCGAGUGGCCCAGGGACUUAUCGUCUGCACCAGCUCCCUCCUGAGCGUCUUCCAGUCUGUCACCAUCAGCCUCGCCACCUCCCGGUGGGCGGGGGUCAAAGCCAGACUACCCAAGUGCGUCAUCCCCUCCUUGAUUUUCUUCUGGAUCCUCAACCUGCUGAUAGAUAGCAACAGCGCGAUAUUUGUGCUAGGUCCCCGGAAGAACACAAGCGCUGGAGUUGUACUGGAUCUGAAAUAUUGCUCCAAAGUCAUUGCCAGUGCAGAAAUCGACCUGAUCAUUUCAAUCAUGCUCUCCUUCAGGGAAAUAUUCUUCGUGAGGCUCAUGAGCUCGGCCAGUGGUUACAUGGUGUUCGUCCUGCACAGACACCACCGGAGGGUCCGACACCUCCACGGACCCGGCCGCCCCCCCGGGGAGACGCCCGUGGUCCGAGCGGCCAAGAGAGUCAUCGCCAUGGCCACCCUCUACGUCCUCCUUUACGCGAGACAGACCAUCAUGCUGAGCGUCAUCCUAAACCUCAAAGAGAAGUUUCCGCUGCUGGUGAAUAGCCACAUGGUCUUUUCCCUCACCUCCACUAUCAGUCCGUUCUUGAUGAGCCACAGCGACGGGAGGAUGAGGGCGUUCGGGAAAAGAGAGCUCCUAUUCCAACCCCGAUCCCUCCUAGGCUUCCAGGGAAGUCACCCGACCACCAAUAAGGUCCCACUGGGACGAGGUGACCAGACGUCCCAAUUUGCACAGCCCCAGAACGGUGAUGGGGAUUGUGUUCUGUGUCCCCGCAGUCAGUCAGUCCGUUGUACCUAUUGA